UGUUUAUUGUUUUGAGGGGGAGGGGGGCACCAGGGGAAGCUUGCCCUGGGUGCUGAAUGUACUGGGUGCAGCACUGGGUGACCUUGUGGUGAACCCACAGAGGGUUUGGCAGUGUGAACAAUAACAUAACUUACUUUAAGCAAAUACUCUGAUGCUCCCAGGCCAAAAUCUCAUGAGUCAAAGUUGUGAUUCAGUUUGACAAAUGUCCUAAAACUUCAAUGUUUUGACUUCAUAGUUAGAACCAUAUCAUAAGUUUGACUCCAUUUGACGUCAAAAUUAUAAGCCACACACACAGUUUCAAAUUUACUUGUGAUACAUAAAGACGUCUGUCAGCCCAAAUGUGUGUGAGCUGAGUUUUGGUUGGCUCAGUCCUCCUCUGCCUCCCUCUGCUAUGGGCGUACACGUUGGGUAAUGUUAUAGUUGUCCCACAGCUGAGGUGGUCUGGGUUCAGUUCUGCCCCCCUGUGGGUAAAGUAACCACCGCAUGGGAGUUAGUCUCCUGCCACCAAGGUUAGUCAUUAACCUUGUCUUCCCAGUCACUCAGGCCACCGAAGAAAACGGACAGCGCUCUGUCCAAGGCAUGCUGCCGCUCGGCCGUCUGAUCUUACCAUGGGCGACUGUAACCACUGCACACCCGGCCGGGCUUUGUCCGUAGAGGACGGCAUCACCGUCGUGUUCCACAAAGUUGACAGCCAUAGCACGAACUGCAAAGACGACCGCGACGACGACGACGACGACAACGGCGAUGAUGAACGGACGGCAGAGAGGAUUCACUUGCAGAGUAACUGCCGUGUGUCGUGGGAAAACGACGGUGAUGCCGCCGAGGGAGAAGCGGGAGGACGCGAGGAUUCGCCGGAAGGCAGCGAGGAGAAAACGCUCUGUCCGCUGGUGUGUUGCGUCAGAAGCGGGCUCGCAUCCCGAGACGGAAGCGCAAGUGAAGAUUCGGAGACACCAAAGAAAUGUUCAGGUCUUGGUUUGUUUUAUGCGUUCCUGUCCACGGUUUUCUUCUCCAUCAUUGCCCUCUUGGUGAAAACCAUCCAGGGAAUCCACGCCAUAGAGAUCAGCGCCAUACGCUGCUUCUUCCAGAUACUCUUUACUAUGCCAUUGCUCAUCUACCACAAGACAGGUUUCCUCGGUCCCAGAGAUAAGCGUGUAUAUCUGGUGCUUCGGGGUUUCAUUGGCUCCAAUGCCAUGAUCCUGCUCUUCUAUGCUGUUCAGCAGAUGCCGCUAGCGGACGCCACGGUCAUCAUGUUCAGUAAUCCAGUCUUUACCUCCAUCCUGGCCUGGAUCUUCCUGAAGGAGAGAUGUACAAUCUGGGACUGUGUCUUCACUGUUUUCACCAUCACUGGAGUCAUCCUCAUCGCCCGACCGCCGUUCCUCUUCGGCGAGGACCGACGUGGCAUCGAGGGCAACUACACUAACCACAUCAAGGGGACUAUCGCUGCCUUUGCAGGAGCCAUUGCAGCUGCCUUCACAUUUGUUGUCCUUCGCAAGAUGGGGAAGAGCGUCCAUUACUACCUCUCUGUCUGGUACUAUGCUGUCAUCGGGUUCAUCGAGUGCGUCAUCACUGUAUCCGUCCUUGGGGAGUGGAAAAUCCCAUUCUGCGGCCGCGAUCGCUGGCUGCUGAUGCUGAUUGCUGUUCUGGGUAUCGCCGGCCAGACCUUCCUCACAAAGGCCCUGCAGAUUGAGAAGGCUGGACCUGUGGCCCUGAUGAGGACUAUCGAUGUGGUGCUGGCGUUCAUCUUCCAAUUUAUUUUCCUCAACCGUGCACCGACCUGGUGGAGCCUCGGAGGGGCGCUGUGCGUAGUGGUGAGCACAAGUGGAGUAGCACUUCGAAAGUGGUACGUCAACUCUCACAAGAGCUGAGAAGGAGGAGCGACACAGAAUACUGUGGCAUAACUAUUUAUUCUUUUUUUUUCACUAUCAUAUGUUCUUGAUUUAUUCUGUAUUUUACUUGUUACUUAAAUGCAAACCCUUGAGGAGGUCUAAGCUUUUUGGAGAGUUGAAAGCAGGAAUAUAGAAAGAUAAUUUAGUAGGAGUCAGUUAUGAGUUUAUGAUUGAAUUCAAAAUUGAAUUAUGUGCAUCUAUACACGUUGAUUCCUGAGAGUCAACCUGUGGAACUUAUUGUUAUGCAUUUAUUUUUGUGUAAAUGAGCACUAGAGGAAAUAGGAGAAAGGAAAAACUGUUGCUGCCCCCAAACCAUAUCCGGCUCCCUGGAGCCUGAGCAGCUAAAUAAGUAUUCAACACAGAUUUCCUGUUUUGUCCUUAAUAUAUACAUAACAUAAAUGGGACUGAAAGUAGAAUUUUGCCAUAGUGAAGCAGUCCUCAGUUCCAUUUUCCCUUUAUUGUACUGUAACCUGAGUGAAAUAGCCAAAGAGAGAGGUUUACUGCUUUGGGACCAUUCGUACUGUGUCACAUAACUUGGUAAUAAUAAUAGAGUGAAUUAAAAGUAAACUACAUAUUAGUAUGUACUAGGCGCUAUCAAAUGGGCAUCUGCAAAAAGUACUUAAAGGGACAGUUCAUCUCAAAAUCAAAAGUACAUAUUUGUCCUCUUAACUGGAGUGCUAUAUAUUAUCUAGAUUGUUUUGGUGUGAGUUGUCAAGUGUUGAAGAUACCGGCCGUAGAGAUGUCUGCCUUCUCUUGAAUAUAAUGGAACUACAUGUCACUCGACUUGUGGUGCUGAAAGUGCCAAAAAAACUCAACAGCAAUGUCUCAUGAACUGGUUACUGAAGAUAAUCCACAGACCUUGUUGUGAGCAGUUUCAUGUAGGAACUAUCUUCUACAGAACUACACCCGCCAAAUGUAUGACCGCGCAGAAGGAAGCAUGCAUCUACUGAAGGACAAGAGAAGUAGGGAUGCACCGAAAUGAAAAUUUGUGGCCGAAGCCGAAGCCGAAUAUUAUUAAACGCUUGGCCGAAUACCGAGUACCGAAUACUGAAUAUCAUUGUUUAGUUUUUCAUUAGUUUUUGCAGAUGAACCCCCUCCAGAUUAGUGUUGUCACGGUACCAAAAUUG